AAGUUAAGUCUUUACGUUCAAUGUGAAUUUUCUAAAAAAAAUUAUCGGAUUAAUCUUAUAUACUUCAUUUAUAUAGUUUUUAUGGUAUACAAUGAUUAUUAUAAACCAACCGGAUCUGCAUGGAUACAAUUCAACCACUCUAGAAAUGCUUCGCUAUUUGCUAAAUAUGUUAAUCAAAAAACUUUUUAUGGAAACAAAUUAAAUGUUGAAUUAAUGAAAUAUAUUCCCGAGGAAAUUCAAAUGGAUCCAUUAAAUUAUCGUGUUGGUAAAUGUAUUAUUUUAGCAGGACUGCCGCGGGACGUAACCAAAUCCUAUCUAGAGGAAUAUUUAAUACAAAAAUCCAACAAACGCUUUGAACUCGCCGAUGUUACUCGAGAGGCUGCAACUAUUAGUGAUACAUCAAAAUGGUUGAUAUUAUCCAAUAGUUCGGAAGAUAUUUAUUUCAUAUUUGAUAGAAUUCAUAAUAAGUAUUUUGAUAGUGAUAAUGAAUAUAAAUUGAAAGCAAGAGUAGUAAGAUAAUUUAUUAAUAAAUAAUAAACCAAUUUUAUGGAGAUCUAAUAUAUAUCUGUGGGAUCCCAACAG